AGUCUCAUUGUGAACUCUGUGAACCACCCUUGUUUGUACUUAUGUUCUUGUGCUGGUAGAAGCCGAAGCUGCAGCAGUACGAGACCAUCUCCAGCCCUCCGCCCACCUCACCAGGACCGCCCACAAACGCUCAACGCCCCCUCCUGAACCGAACGGACAGCAGAACCAACUUCCCUUUCCGCCCGCCAUUCCCAAACCAACCAGGACCGCCCAACCGACCUCCGCCAAAUCAAACACGACCGCCCGUCCCACCAGGCACGCCCCCGUUCGCUCAGAGGCCCGCUCCGCCCCCCGGACCACGCCCACAAGGCGUGCCGGGCCAACCGUUCGCCGCUUAUCAACCGCGCGCUAGCUUCAGGCCUCCCACUCCGUUCCCCAGGCCGCAGGUGGCCAAUCAGCGGCCGCCGGGCGUGUUCCAGCAGCGCCCCUCCCAGAAUUUCAACGGACCACGCCCACAAGUUCUAGAAGAGGUGAAUAGAAGCCCAGCGCUGGAUUUCUCGAACGUGGAAAGGUCAACUAAGCUUCCGGAUGAUAACAAGAAUGCUAAUGACUAUGUUAAAGCGCCCUCCAUAGCUGCUAUGAACAACAGGAGCUAUAGUCUUUCUUCUAACGCUCCGGAACAGGCUGCUGAUGGCAGAGAAGAAGCUAGGAGGAGGUCUGUUAGCAGCUUGGACAGUAUGGGAGGAGAAAGACCUAGCUCUAGGCCUGUUUCCAGGCAGAGUUCGAUAACUGGUUCUACUGAGAGUCUAGACAAAAAGCCUGAGAGCGAGUUGCCGUCUAGACCAGAGUCAAGGUCGGCUUCGCGGAUGAACAAAAUCGAAGAAGACGAGGAUAAGUCCAACUCGCUCACAGACGUGUCUCCGAAGAGUAACGAGUUGAGCAAUUUUAGCCAAAUCGAGAGCGUCUCAAAGUCGCAGCCUACUUUGAGUAAGACGUCGGAUAGUAGUACGACUAAUGGCAAGGUUUUGGUGGAGAAGCCGGUGGAGAAUGGCACUGCGGAGGGGGGUAGCAAGGUUGGGAAAUUCUUGGAUUUGGGGAAGCCCCCCAAAGCGAAAUCCCCGGCUAGAUCAGAAGGAGACAAUGACAGUGGCGUCGAUGAGUCCACACAAGGAAAUGAUCAGUCCAGUAAUAGCGAGAGCAGAUCGCCCCGAAAGAGUUCGAAAUCUAGAACAUCAACUUCGACCCCCGUAGCUAGAUCUUUAUCCAGAGGAUCAAAGUCGCCUAGCUUGAAGAGUCCGGAUUCCAAUGCUACCACUCCAGGAUCGAUUACAGAACGGAAAAAAGUUCCUAUGAAUAAAGUCCAAGUCGGAUCAGCACCUUCACCAAAUUUGAAAGUGGUUAGAUCGAAAAUUGGAUCUUUAGAAAACGCGAGUUACAAACCAGGUGGUGGCCACGUCAAAAUAGAGAGCAAAAAAUUGGAUUUCAAAGGGGCAGGACCCAGAAUAGAAGCCAAAAACGACAAAUAUGUCCCCAAGGGAGGCGAUAAAAAAAUAGUACAACAAAAAUUGCAAUGGAGCGCGAAAUCAAAAAUAGGUUCUUUGGAAAAUGCAACUCACAAACCUAAGGGCGGAGACAAAAAAAUCGAAUCGAAAAAAUUGGAUUUCAAAGAGAAGGCCCAAUCAAAGGUGGGAUCUAAAGCCAACAUGAAUCAUAUACCAGGUGGUGGAGACGUCAAGAUCGAAACCAAGAAGAUAGAACUGAAAGUAACCAGCAAAGUGGGUUCUUUGGACAACGUCAAACAUAAGCCUGGUGGAGGAGACAAAAAAAUUUUUGACGACAAAGAAUAUCUGAAACAGACAUCUCUUGUCUCUAGUUUGGACCACUCUUUGUCUGGAUCGCAAAAUUCACUUCCAUCUCAGCCAGAAAAGGUACCAAAUGAGGACGAGAAUUUGAACCAGAAACAUUGAGAUGGUAGCUACCAAAUAAUUUUUGACAUUCGAAAAACUUGGUACUUGGUAUAUAUCCAGGCGUGAUUGUUCUAAAUGAGAGAACUGAGAGAGAUGUUGCGAAAUAACUUUUAUUACCUACCUAAGAUGAAUCUUGCAUGUCCAAUAAAAUACCUAUAUUCAUAAGAUUAUACUUACUAAAAUAACUGCACUGGAGUAUAACUUGUAGAAUAACAUUUCUUUGAAUUGACGUAAACGAACUUCAAUAUUGCAACCUUUCUGGAUAUUUUAUGGGCGAUAUUGAAGUGUCAAUAUUAUUAUUGUAUUGCGAUUACAAUAAUAGAAUAUAAGUCAAAAUCGAAUAAUACAAGAUUAGUUUUGGUGUUGUGACAUCUAAUUAAUAUGACCAAAAUUUCGUCUCUGUGAACUCCAUUUUUAUAUGAAUCAUAUUUCACAUUUCAUGACAUCAAAAAUUGUUUAUACUUACUAAAAUGGAGAAACAGAAUGACGGAAAAGUAAUAAUUUGUACUGUAUUUAUAGUCACCUCAUAUUUUUUAGAUUAAUAAUUUGAGGACACAUAAUCAUUCCAGUGAUUGUUCCUUGGAAUAAAAAUUUGAAGAAAGUUACUCAGAAAUACUCAAUUGGUUUUAUCUAACCAAUGAUUAUGUGUCUUAUCGAAGAUUCCUUCAAUUGCUUUAGUUUAUUUAUUGUAUUUGUAGUUUACACGUUUUUUUUUUUUCGUUUUAUUACCAUUAUCUGUAUUUUGAUGUAAAUCAGUUUUUCUUUUCAAGUAUUUUGACCAUCACCAAACACAUUUUUUAACCAUAUCAGCAUAAUUUAAAUGGUUAUGAUUAUUAUAAUAAAAGUUGC